AUGUCGUUCCAAAAGCCCGAGAAGGAUUUCGGCGAAGGCCCAAAAAUCCACAAGAUCCGCAUCACCCUCACCUCGCGCAAGGUGCAGUCCCUGGAGAAAGUGUGCUCGGAGCUGCUCGACCGCGCCAAGACCAAGAACCUCCGCGUCAAGGGCCCCGUGCGCCUCCCGACCAAGACACUCAAGGUCACCACGCGCAAGACGCCCUGCGGUGAGGGCUCCAAGACCUGGGACAUGUACGAGAUGCGCAUCCACAAGAGGCUGAUUGACCUGAACGCCCCGACCGAGGUCGUCAAGCAAAUCAUCAUCAACAUCGAGGCGGGUGUCGAGGUUGAAGUCACCAUCGCGGCAUAG